GUUAAAAUGUACAAUAGCCGGUGACCCAAUUUAUCUUUUUUAUGCAAACAAUGAGUAGUAGAGCAGAUCAAAGUUAAUGUUGAAUAUGACCUCUAGCACGUUUUCCAUCCCUUUUAGAUUCUUUCAUGGAUUGCAGUUCUCAAAAUGCUACUAAGUUCUUCGGCCAUCGGGGCUUCUAUGUUUGCUUUGUUUUUGUUUACUGUUUAUUCAACUGCAAUUUCAGGUUCCGAUGUCAUUUUUCCGCCAAAGUUUGAACCAAGUUCCGACCCCGCUAUACCAGCUGGCCAUUUGAAGCAAUUUGGACUCCAGCGAUCCGCUGAUGGCCCUAUAGACGAGUACAAGCAAGCUCUACACCCGGAAGAAUUCUGGAACCAGCACGUCUCAAAAAAUAGACCAGCUGUAUUUCGUAAAGCUAUCGCAAAAUCUGCCGCCAUCGAGAAAUGGACUGACCAAUAUUUGAAGGAGAAAUAUGGGGAUUUAGACGUAUUAAUCGAGCUGAAGAGAGAGAAUCGUAGUCAAGGUGCAAAAAGGAUGACUUUAGAAGCGUUUAUUGAUAACUACACGGAAAGAGACGUGUAUGUGGUGACAGUCUUGCCGGACCCGAUGCGCAAAGAAGUUCAGGUCCCUUCUUGUCUCCUGUGUGGCUCUUUUGUUGAUUUUAUCCAUGAGACCAACUUCUGGAUGAGUUCUGGGGGGACGCGAUCUCUGGUCCACUAUGAUGCUGACCAUAUUCUGCAUUGCCUUGUUGCUGGGAGGAAGGACUGGAUGCUUAUUAAUCAGCAGUUUGUGGGUGACUUAAACAUGGUCGAAAAGGAUCAGUUUUCUGGAUCAGGAUAUACUCAGGUGGACCCUGACAAAGUGGACCUACUUGCCUACCCCAAUAUAACUAAUGUCCACUGGAACUACACAACAUUGCUCCCUGGAGAUUGCUUGUUUCUCCCUGCAGAGUAUAUCCACCAAGUUCGCUCUCACAUCAGAAGUAUAUCAGUCACCAUGUUAUUUACAGUCGACCCUGACGGGACCUUCAACCCACGCUUCUGCGACUCUAUGGACUUGUCCGCUUUUACGACUUUGGACAAAGUGCGCGUUCAUUGGACCUACAAUAAAGGCGACAAGGUUAUUGAGAUGGGCUACAUGAAUAUUGAGGUUCUUCGUCAAAGUCUUAUGAGUGCUUUAGUACACUUUAACACUAAAUCCUUAACCGAAGAUCACUUUGCUGCAUACUGGAGGGAAACUGAUGGACAACCGCACGCCGAUCCUAGACAUUUGUUCAGAAGUCUUCUUGAUACGAAACACAAGGGGUACAUUACGCAUGAAGACAUCUUGGAGUUACCUCAACAGGUAUUGAAAGACUUUGCGAGGUCUUUUGAUCCGCCACAUGGACCAGAGAAGGGCAUCCAACCUUCUUCUGAUGGUCCAUCAUCAAGUGAUAAUGAUGACACACAAGAUGAUGAUGAUAAAUCAGACUUUCAACCUUCUGCUGAUGGUGUUGAUAAAACGCCCGAUGAUGGCACUCCAUCAUCAAGCGAUAAUGAUGACACACAAGAUGAUGAUGAUAAAUCAGACAUUCAACCUAAUGCUGAUGGUGUUGAUAAAACGCCCUAUGAUGGCACUCCAUCAUCAAGUGAUAAUGAUGACACACAAGAUGAUGAUGAUAAAUCAGACUUUCAACCUAAUGCUGAUGGUGUUGAUAAAACGCCCGAUGAUGACACUCCAUCAUCAAGUGAUAAUGAUGACACACAAGAUGAUGAUGAUAAAUCAGACAAUAAACCUAAUGCUGAUGGUGUUGAUAAAACGCCCUAUGAUGACACUAUAUCAUCAAGUGAUAAUGAUGACACACAAGAUGAUGAUGAUAAAUCAGACUUUCAACCUAAUGCUGAUGGUGUUGAUAAAACGCCCUAUGAUGGCACUCCAUCAUCAAGUGAUGGUGAUGACACACAAGAUGAUGAUGAAAAAUCAGACAAUAAACCUAAUGCUGAUGGUAAUAAAUCAGACAUUCAACCUUCUGCUGAUGAUGGCAGGCCGUCAUCAGAUGAUUACGAUGACAAACAAAAUGAUGAUGAUGCAUCCUUUGCUGAGCAGAUUUCGGCAAUUAGCAAGCAUGACGUUAAAGACGAUAUUCCAAAGGAAAAUAAGGGGAAUGAAGAAGUUAAAACUGAGCUAUAAUAACCAUAAUUCUGUAGAGUUUUACUGUUAUUUAUUAUUAGUAUUUUUUCUUGCAUAUAAAGUAUUCGUGUAAUUCCCGUAUAUAGAAGAAUGUUUUAUAAAAGUUGCUACAAA